GCAGUGAAGAGCUAUUCUUGACAUGGAAUGACAAGACCUAGUGUGCCCGAGGUGAAGGCCUGAGCGUCCAGGGGAGCAUGAGCCUGUCUUGUAUGCCCUGCUGUGCUAUGACAAUGUUUCAGUGUGCUCAGGAGGAAAACAGACAGCAGAGAAGCCGAGUGCUCCAAAGUGGGCAGAAAUGAGACAGGCAUAAUGUGCUAGGCUAAUGGUGACUCUUGGAAUUUUGUCAUUAGCUACAAAGAGGGCAGUGACAUGAUUUACACACACACACGGGGUGGGGUAUCUGAAAUAUUAGGCAGCUAGUAUGGCAGGGGCACCGCCUAAUCAGCAUGGAUGCUGGCCAGGAGAGGACGUGUGUAUGUGCUGGCUGGCAAUAGUCCUGCUCAUAGGUCACGAUCUUAAUGAUUAAAUAACAAGGCAAGAAAUCCGAGAGGGCAUUGCCUGGGAGCACCCUGUUUGCUCUGUGGCCAGAACGCAGCACACUGAAGUAUUGCCCAUCAGGGAUAGAGGUGCUCGUGAUGGUUUGGGCAAAUACAAAUAUUAAUCCAGAGUAUUUGAGUCUGCAUGAAAAUACUGAAAAGUGAGGGAAGACCCAACCGUUUCCAAGAAAUACAAAUUGGAACUGGCGAUAACUUAAAGAACAUAAUCAGAGAGGCAGAGGGCAUUGGGUUUUACUAAAAUAUGAAGACAAACGUCCUGUCUCCACGUAAGCAACCGCCCAAAGUACACGCGUUCAAGCGAAAAGAGCGGGUGGGGUGGGGAGGCUAAGGGCCAGCCAGAGCUUCGGUGCUUGCACGCCCAGGCCUCCGCGUGACGACUGCUUCCAAUUCCGCGGCCUUUAAACCCCAGGUUGUUUAAAAAAAAAAAAAAAAAAAGAAAAGAAAAGAAAACCUAUUUCUCUAGAAGUCACGAUUCGAGCCCCACCUGAGGACGCAGCGAUCCAGCGCCAACUCAUUAUCUGAGAUAAAGGAGUGAUUUUACCAGAAGCGCCUAUGCAAGACGCAGGGCCCCGCGCGGGCUGCUCCCACCUCUUUCUCUCCUUGCAGGCUACCGAGACCCUGGCUGGGGCGGCCGGCGGCCCCUCCGGCCCAUCCGUCGGAAAUGAUGAGUGGCUCCAGUGGCCGGGGUCUGCAGGACCUACCCCAGCCGGCAUGGCGGGAGCCUCGCAGCCCCACACGGCCGCGCUCUGAGCCCCUGACCCCGCGUCUCUGCGUGAGGGACCAAUCAGCUGCCAGCUAAGUUCACAUACCUAGAAGGCCAAUUUUGAUUGGCUGGGCGCGGGCUAGUCCGCGGGACGGGCGGGCGCGCGGGCACUGUUGGGCUCCUCUGAGCGGUUGAGGUUGGGGCUGGGGUUGGGCUCGGGUUGGGUUCCGCCUGGGGCAGGAGGGAAAGGCGGGAGCCAGGGCGUCAGGGUCUGCGGACGAUGUGUGUGUGAAAGGGCGCGUCAGCCAUAAGAAGCCAUAUGCGUGCGAGCCGGUCCCCAUCUUCCCCGCGGCGUUGUCACCAUCAUCAUGAGGCCACUGGAGCAGCCUCAGGCGCUGCUGACGGGGAGCCGGGCGCGGGGUGCGUCGGGCUCUGCGGGUUGGCACUCACACCCAGCGCGCAGGAUGGCAGGCAAGAAUAGCACAUUUCAAACCUACAAGAAAGAAGUGUGCCUCCCCCGUCAUUCGAUGCACCCUGGCCUCUGGGCCAUCUGCUGUGAGUGCCAGACCAGAUUCGGGGGCCGCCUGCCUGUGUCCAGGGUGGAAGCAGCACUGCCUUACUGGGUCCCUCUGUCCCUGAGACCCCGAAAGCAGAGUCAAAAGAUGGUUCAGUUUUCUAUCCCUCAAACUGCCAAGAUGUGCCCCUGCCUAUGCCACCGCUUUGGGGGCCGCCUCCCGAUGCCUAGGGACCAGGCAGUGAUGCCCUACUGGGUGCCCCGGGUCCUGAGGUCUCAGCAGCAGAUAGUCAGGAGGCAGCAGAGUUUGACAGGCAUCCAAGCACCCCCGCUGGAUGCAUGCUGCUGGCACAACUGCUGGCGGAUCUGCGGUGAUGAGUGCCUGUUGUCCAAGUUCCAGCAGCUCCACGCCCCCUACCAGGACCAGCUACCGGCUCCCGCGGCGCGUCUGCUGCCCCUCGGCCUCCUGACCCUCCUCCAGGCCAUCCCGAGGGUCAUCAUGGCCAUUCGCUUGAUGAUCACAUUUAGUUUGACUCCUUUGUACCCACACUGGGAGAAGCAAAGAAGAACACUUGGUCUUAAAGGAUGGGCAAGGCUGGGCAUGGUGGCCCACACCUGGAUCCCCCGCCUUAGAAGAUGGGCGAGGCCGGGCACAGUGGCCCACAGCUGUAUCCCAGCCUUAAAGGAUGGGCGAGGCUGGGUGUGGUGGCCCACACCUGCAUCCCAGCCUUAAAGAAUGCGCAAGCCAGUGUUUUGGGGUUUGAAGUUGGAAUCUUCAGCUGCUGUCAAGAACAGCCACAAAAAUGUGUCACGAUCAAGAUCUUUGAGAGUCCACCAAUCAGGAGGCGUCUGUGACAGUUGCUGUCUUCUCAGAACAGAAUCCACACCCAGGAUUCAACCCAAAUUAUUUCUCAUCAGGUGAUUCUUGGUUGUAGCAAAGCUCAUGUGAAUGUGGGUGAGAUUCUGUUAUGAAUGUGGUCAAUAAAUGUUAUUUGUGAAACUCUAAA